AUGUCGGAGCCAAGUAAUAUACUGGGUCAUGCGAAUAUAGAAGAUUCUCGAAACGCUCCAAGUUCGACUGUAAUGAAUGGCAUAGUUAAUACGAAACAAUCCAGCAGCCGUAAAGAAAGCAGUGGGAAUUUAAGUCAAUCAAAACAAGAGUCGCUGGGUUUAAACCUUGAUCUAGCGUUGCCUUCUACUAGUGUCCAUCCUAGAACCACAGAGCGGAUAUACGAUCCUGCAGUGGCAUUGGCAGGUGCUUCCACAAACGGUACUCUUGGGAAUACAAGCACGCCCACGUUAAAAUCGAGUGCAAUAACAACGAAUGCGUCUCCUCUAGUGCCAAAUGGAGUUCUUCCAAGUGUACCCACCACUGUAGAUGCUACCAGUAACACAGUAGCUGGAUCUACUGUGGGAACUUCAAUUGGAGCCCCUGCCAAUUCUACUUUAUUAGCAAACCUAAACCAGCCUCAUUCGCAAUCUCCUUUGUCAUUAAAUAAUAUAGAUACAAAUUCUGAAGUGCAUAGAGGUACCAAUAUAUCUGUUAAUCAUAGUAUGCCUAAUUUAGGUAAAGCGGCCCAGCAGAUUCUACCCACGACCGGUAAUAAUCACACGACGAGUAAUACGCCAUUAUCGAUUGAUAUAGGACAGAUUGGUAACAUUAGAAAGAGAUCUAUAAAUGAAAGUGUGCUUUCAACUGACCCAGCUUCUAACCAAUUAAGAAUGUUUCAAAGGAUGGAUGAAAUUUCAGCCAGGUUAAUAACUAUGGAUAAUGAAUUCCAAAAUCUAGUCAAAUUGAUUAAUGAUCAGUCAUACGUUAUCAAUUCACUUAAAACUUUAAUUCCAAAUAUUAUUGAUGAGAAAUUGAAGAAUGAAAAUAAGUUUGUAAUUGAUUUAUUAAAUUCAAUCACAACUGUUUCAUCUAGUUACUUGAAAAAUAUUAAACCACAAUCUCAGUCAGGUUCAAGUAGUACCAAUAAUAUUAUAAAUACACAGUCACAAACCUCAACAAUGUCUAACUCAAUGCCGAUAAUAAAUACUUCUUAUCAGAUACCGAAACCAAUAACAUCCUUCAAAAGCGGUAACACAUUCACAUUAAAUCCUAAUGGCAUAAAAAGAAGGAAAAAAAACAGUCACUCUUCUAAUGCUGCAGGUACUCACACAAAUAGCCCAAUGUAUCUGCCAUUAAACCUGAAUGUGAAUGACCUCUUCACUAAUGGAAACGGCAACUCUGGGACUAAAGAGAGUGCUAAUGCAACUAGUCAAUCGACGACAAAUACAAGUAAGAACGACAACGAGGUUAUUGAUGAAGAUGGAUAUCAAGAGGAUGAUGACGACGAAGAAGAUAAUAACAAUGAGAUAAUUUACGAUGAUGAAGAUGAAGAAGUGGAGGACGUCGAAGAAUAUGAUGAAGAAGAUGACGAAAAUGAUUUUGAAGAAGAUGAAGUAGACGAAGAUAUUGCAACAUCAAAAGUAAAUAAGAAAAACAAAAAGGGCAUUAAAAAGAUUAUUAAAAUUACUAAAAAAGCUGCAGAUAAGUUGAAGAAUGCUGCGAAGGAGAAAUCUGAACAAGAAACGAGGGAAUUAAAUUACACUUUAUUAAAAGCCCCAAACAAUGUAAGGACAAUAUGGGAUGAAUAUGUUUAUGGAAUUGAUGGGAACCCGUCAAUAAGAGGACUAGAAGAGAAAUACGGGAAUAAAUGGAGACUCACUAAAAACAAGAAAACUUUUUCAAGACGUAAAAGAUUAUAUAAGUUUAUUCUGAACGGCAUCGAUAAAGGCAAGACAGCAGAUGAGAUGAUAAAAGUGUUAGAAGAGAGAAGGUUGUAUAAAGAUGAAAAUGGUGAGGUGAAAAGGCGGACAAUUGGUUGGCUACAACAGAGUUUAACAGGGUUGUAA